GCACUUCCUGCCUGAUUUCAGCAACCCAUUUUGGGUGGAACAGGAAGAGGGUUUUUUUGCUGCUGCUGCUUCUUUUUUUUGCCAUUUGCAAAAUUGCUCAGCCUUCCUCGCUUGGGAAGGAGAUUUUUCUUCCGAUUUCCGUUGGAUUGCUGCCCCCCCCACCCCAAAAGAUGCCGGCCUAUCAUUCUACCUUGAUGGACCCCGACACGAAGCUGAUUGGGAACAUGGCUUUGUUGCCUAUUAAGAGUCAGUUUAAAGGACCGGCACCCCGGGAAACAAAAGAUAUGGACAUCAUCGAUGAAGCCAUCUGCUACUUCAAAGCGAACGUCUUCUUCAAAAAUUAUGAAAUCAAGAACGAGGCGGACAGGACGCUGAUCUAUGUGACGCUGUACAUUUCAGAGUGCUUGAAGAAGCUGCAGAAGUGUAAUUCCAAAGGCCAAGGAGAAAAAGAAAUGUAUACCUUAGGAAUCACAAAUUUCCCUAUCCCCGGAGAGCCGGGAUUCCCGCUGAAUGCGCUCUACGCUAGACCUGCAAACAAGCAGGAAGAAGAGGUGAUGAGGGCGUACCUGCAGCAGCUGAGACAAGAAACCGGCCUGAGGCUUUGUGAAAAAGUCUUCGAUCCCCAGAGUGACAAACCUAGCAAGUGGUGGACCUGUUUUGUGAAGCGACAGUUCAUGAACAAGAGCCUGUCGGGCCCGGGGCAGUGAAGAAAAGAAGAGGAUAGUUUGUCGAAGCACUUUGGUGCCAGAUGUAUAAAAUUUUGCCUCUGUUUUAAUAUAAGUUUUGUAUUGAAAGAAAAAAUUGUGUUUCUGUGGGGAAAACGCCUCUAAUGGAAGGAAAGGUGGAGCUUAAAAUCAUGUGUAAACCUUGUUGAGCUGGAGCUCAGCAAGGAGAGUGGAUGAAGAAAAUAAAAAAUGGUUUCUAAC